UAUUGGAGUAUUCUUUUGCAGGGAGUAAUAAAACAAGAUGACGAAAGCGGAGGACGAGCCGGAGAGCCAGACUUCGGGGGAGUUUUAUGAGAAAUACGAACCGAAGGAAAUCUUGGGCAGGGGCGUGAGCAGCGUGGUGCGGCGCUGCGUGCACAAAGUCACGCGUGCGGAGUUUGCGGUCAAGAUCAUCGACAUCACGGCCGGGAACCUGUCGCCCGAGGAGAUCCGUGAGCUGCGCGAGGCCACACGCAAGGAGGUCCACAUCCUGCGCCAGGUCUCCGGGCACCCCAACAUCAUCCAGCUGAAGGACAGCUUCGAGUCGCACACCUUCUUCUUCCUGGUCUUCGACCUAUCUCCCACUUCCUGGUGGUGAACCCCAAGGACCGCUACUCCGUGGAGGAGGCCCUGGGCCACCCCUUCUUCCAGCAGUACGUGGUGGAGGAGGUCCGCCACUUCAGCCCCUUCCGCAAGUUCCGGGUCAUCGCCUUGACCGUCCUGGCCUCGGUGCGCAUCUACCUCAACUACCGCAACGUGAAGCCCGUCACGCGGGAGGUGCUGCAGCGCGACCCCUACGGCCUGAAGCCCGUCCGGAAGAUGAUUGACGCCUGCGCCUUCCGCCUCUACGGCCACUGGGUCAAGAAGGGCGAGGCCCAGAACCGGGCCGCCCUCUUCGAGAACACCCCCAAGGCCAUCCUGCUCAGCCUGGCCGCCGAGGACGAGCUCUUCUGACCUAUUGAAUCAAUGUUUUGCUCGCGGCCAGGACGCCAUCACCCUUUUAUAUAUAUAGAUUAAAUUAAAUCUCUGCCAACUCUGAGAUCAAGACUCUGCAUUUUGUGUUUUCGCGCCAGAAUGAUUGAGGAAUCAACCUUCAAAGGAGUUUGGAUGAAAGACGGAGCUUGAGCGAGAUUAUUCAAGCUUAUUCGUUAUUAUAUUAAAUACGAGCUGUGCUCGGCCACGCGUUGCUGUGGCUCAUUGGAAUUGCACUGAAUUGCUCCGGUUUUUGGGUUUUUUUAGGCCCUGUGGAGGUUUGUGAUGUGAUAUUUUGUGGUUUCAACCUCGAGGCGUGGAUGACGGAUUGUGCUGUGAAAUUUCGAGGUUGGGGGGUGUUUAGUUUUGUUGUUUUGCUCGGCGCCAGGACGCCAUCACUCUUUUAUAUAUAUAGAUUAAUUAAAUGAAAUCUCUGCCAACUCUGA